AUGAGUGAGCAUGACGUCGCUCGAGGCCCUUCCUUAUCCCAGUCCUUAACCUGGGAAGAGUACAUCAACACCGCCGUCUACAAACUCGAUCGUAAACUGCAUAACGUCGUCAAGCACAGUCUCGAUGGAGAGAACACUUUCUAUGCCAUAGGACGGCUGGGGACGGUCCUAUUAGCGGCCACUGCUAUCGGCGCUUUCACUUUCAAUAGGAAAGCAAAGGAGUUCGCGCGGAUGAAUCCAGCAGUCUUCUCAAAACAGACAGCAUCCCUUCCAAC